GCCCCGGUUGCUUCCCUGCUGACGAUCUCCGCCACACUACUCGUCAUCGAGGGUUUGGGGUUUGCUCCGCGACUGUGCCUGACACGAGGAAGGUGGCGAUUCACUGAAGUACCCAGUUUCGAAUCACUGGAGGUAGGGGCAAUAGGCACCGUGGCGAGUAGCCAGGUGUGACUUUAUACAUCUUUUGCACAAUAUUUUUGAGAGCUUGUACUUAUGUUUUGGUAUAGCUGGAAAGGAGGAAUUUUGGAAGUGCUGGGAUGGAAAUUUUAAAGUUAGAAACUCACUAUUUUGCAAAAACUAAGGGUUUUUGAGAAGAGAUUGGUGGACAUGAGUUCUUAUGGAUAAUCUCCGUAUAUUUGUAAAUAACUGUGUAGGCAGGCUUCCCGGAUGAAUAGUAUUUAGAUUUUUCCUACUGCUGUUUCUUUUCUUAAUAUAAAUGGAUGGGGAAAAUGAAAAGUUGUUGCAUAAUUCUGGAGUUAACAGUUUUAUGAAGAAGAGACCAUCCUCUUCCCCACAAUUUACUAGUGUUUGCAGCAGGUUAGCAUCUGAAAAGCCUGGGGCUGACCAGCCAACUUUGUCAUGUUGCAAUAUGAUUAAAGCCUGUGAUUGUUAUACUCAGCAUUUCCUACCUUUUAACAACCUCACUGUUAGAAAUUAUCUCAACUUCAUGAAGAGUGGCUUGCCCCAACGGUUGUUGUUUUACCAUGACAGUGAAUGGAAGGACUUUGCUGCUGAGAUUUGUGACCUUAUGCGUGAAGAUUUCCGGUUAAAGAAGGCGAUAAUAGAGAUUACACAUAAAAACGAGCAGUUUUUGUUGGAUUUUGUCCAUAUGCUUCAUAUAGAUUCAAAAACAGGUCUCAGCAUGCCUAUUGCUUGGAUUGAUGAACAUGGAAAAUGCUUCUUUCCAGAUUUUUAUCCGGAAUCUUGCGUUGCACAUAGAUUCGUCAAUGGCAGAAAUCUUCAUGCUGCUAGAUUGCCAAAUGGAUCAGGAGAAAUAAAUCACUGUGGGGUCCUUACGAGUGCGUCUGAAAGCUCAAUAUUUGUACGCCCUGAUGAUGAUGAACCGGUGAAGCUUGCUGAACCUAUUAUUGUUGACAAUUAUUCUAUCGAUAAUGGUGAAAGAAUGGGAGAGAAUGAACCGCGCUCUUUUACUAUUGCAAAUAUAUCAGAUUCAGAAUCUGUGCAGGUGAAAGAGACCAGAGCAGACUAUGCUUUAGAUAUCUUGGGCUCCAUCAGGAGUCUUUUUCUGUGCGGAUUAUACCCUCAUGUUAAUGCCAAUGAUGUAGUUAGCAUCUUAAGGACACCUACUGUUAAUAGAUUUGGAGAAGUUUGUUUUCAAACUUUCCAGAAGCAAGUUGAGAUCAUCAAGAGUCUUCGUGGUGGUAAUGCAAACGUAAGAUAUGCAUGGCUGCCUUCCAGCAAGUCUGCUGUGGAAGAUAUUUUAUUGUGUGGGGCUAGGAGAAUUGAAAAGCCGGUUCGGGGUACUACAUAUGGCCUGGGCAUUCAUCUUGCUCCAGUAAACCGCUCCAAUGUCUGUGCUAGCUAUUCCGAUGUUGACGAAAAUGGUUUGUCUCAUAUGAUUCUAUGCCGCAUCAUUAUGGGCAAUGUGGAAGUUGUUCAUCCUGGAUCAACACAAUCUCAACCGAGUAGUGACAAAUUUGACAGUGGGGUGGAUGAUCUUAAAGCACCGAAGCAUUAUGUUAUAUGGGAUAAAAAUAUGCAUUCUCACAUCUAUCUAGAAUAUGCUGUGACUUUCAAGUUACUUUCUGAGGCUAGAGAGUUUAUUUUUGGAAAAGAAAGGAUAGUUGAUUCCACAAUUAGUGAUGGUACUUCACGUGUUUCACCAUCUAAGGUAGGCAAUAAUAAGCCAGCACUUGGACCAGCCGACCAGUUACUUCCUAUAGCUGGUUCAUUCGGUAGAGAUCCAAAACCAACAUCCCCAUGGAUGCCCUUUUCUAUGUUGUUUGCUGCAAUUUCAACCAAAGUUUCUUCUCAAGAUAUGGAUCUUGUUAAUAAACAUUAUGAAGAAUUCAAGAAGAGACAAAUAACCAGGCUUGACCUGGUUAAGAGGCUACGGCAAAUCAUCGGUGAUAAACUUUUAAUAUCUACUAUAAUGAGGCUUCAGCACAAGCUCCCACCUUUGGCCAGACAAGAGGUGUCAAGUUCUGGCUGCAAAAAGCUUCAAACAAAUCCUUAAAUUGCGCGAGCUGAAAUAUAAGGUUUGGACAAUAGCGAGGUUUUACAUUGAGUAGUCUCUUCUUGCGGACUCUGCUACUUUAAAAUGUUUAUAUCAGAUUUGUCGAAAUGAAUUUAGCAUAAUCUUGACUUAGUUAACUUGUAUUUUGAUUGCCUUAUAUGAUUUGCUAAAAUAGCUGUAAAUGAUAGGCAAUAUUUUAAGGUUGACUGAACUGCUUUGGACUA